AUGGUACUCUAUUUAGAAUAUAUUGAAAAAGAAGAAUUCAAAUUUAAAACAAAUCUAUUUGAAGUUGAUUUUGAUAUUGAAUAUGAAACAACCUAUGGAUUCGUUUAUGACAUGAUUAAAGAAUUAUAUCCAAAACAUUUGAAAUUAAAAUCUAUUGAUUGCUCAGAUCAAGGGACACCACAUCUUCAACAAUAUCACUCAAUUUCAAAAUUAAAUCAAAACUAUGAAAGUGUAGAAAUCAAUGAUGACUUCAUACCAUAA